AUGGAACUUAAUUCAAUGGAAAAUCUUAUUCAUUUACCAAUUAAUGAGAAUGUUAUAAAACGAUAUGGAAAAUAUACAAAAAAAGUAAAUGGAGAACUUGUUAAAGUUAUUUAUGAUUGGUUUGAACGUGAAAAUGGUAAUCAAUAUAAAUUAGAUCUAACAAAACAACAAUAUGAUCAAAUGAAAACAAUUGUUUCUCCAAUAGAUGCUUAUGGAAAACCAUUACCAUUUGAUCAAUUUUGCGAUAUUCUUAUUCCAGUUAUAACUGCUAAUGAAAAUGAACAUCAUAAUGAUUAUUCUAUAUGGUUAGCAUUUCGUUCGUUUGAUAAAAAUAAUGAUCAAUAUAUACAAGCUGAGGAACUUGAAUCAUUAAUACAUAUUAUUGGUAAAAGUGUUAGUCGAGAACAAAUACGAAAUUUUAUUAAUAAAGUUGAUUGGGAUCAUAAUGGUCAAUUAGAUUAUAAUGAAUUUUAUCAAUUUAUUAUACGUGGUUAUGCACGAGAAUUACUUAUGAUGAAUAUAACAAAAGAUAUUGUUUAUACAAAUGAUAAUAUAGAUAUAUUAACAAACACUAAUUAA